GAAGAGCGAGCGAGAUAAACAUGGCGGAGCGUGAAUCGUUGAAACGGCAAAUUGAUCUUCUUCAAAAUCUCAUCGAUAAGCAUAAGAGUGUUCAUGGCAACAUGCCGAGGCUUCCAGAGGUCUCUACAUCAUCCAGAGGGAGGAGCCAAAGCACAUCUGUCAUCAAUCCACACAGCUCAUAUGGUCUUCCGAGCCAUGGUAGCUGGAGGAAGUGGAACUCUCUCAAAAAUAAGAACCCUGUGUCCAACACUGUGUGCUGUGUUUCUACCUCCACCCCAGAACAUUCAAACAUUCAAGUUUCAUCUCACAAUCCAUCGGUACCCAGCCACACUGGUGAAAAAGGUCGUACAUCUAAACCCCCCACUUCAUCAUCAGAUACUGUUCAACUCAAGGAAGAAGGACAAACAGAAAGUGCCACCACAGCGAUUCGAAAUGUUGCAACAGAAAAAAGAGACACCGAUAAAAAAGUGGUGGCUGUACCUCAAUCAGACUUCGGAGUACAAAGUAUCCAACAACAAAGGGUUGAAGAAACGGUUGUACUGCCGGUAAUAAAAGUGAAGGGGUCUUUAGAAAGCCACUUUUCAGCCAAAGCCAGCACACUGACCCGUGUGUCGGUCAUUUCCCAGUUCCAGAAUCAACCUUAUUUAAAAACUAAAACCAACAAAACUAAGAUCCAAUCCCCAGAUUACAAAAAACGGAUGGCCCUGGAUACAAGCUCAUCACCUCAGUCUUCACCUUCUAAGGUGCCACAACAACCUUUCAAAGACUAUCCUUUGUCUCAGUCAAGCCAGGCCAUAGGCAGUGUAUCAUUUCAAACAAAAUCCAAGUUUACUUGGGUUAAGAAUCAGACUGUUGAAGAAGUGGAACCCAGACCAUAUAGCUUGGUUUCUUCACCCACAAAUGAAGUCACCUCGACAGUUGUUGCUAAAGCUGGAGUUUUAAAUUCAAGCUCCCUCUCAUUCCCAGUCAGCAAGAGAACCCCUGCCAAAAAGUCACGCAAACUCAGUCCAGUCAUCGCAGGCCCCAGGGCAUCCAAGUACAAAUGGGUUUCCUCCUCUGCUGGGGUCCAAGCUAAGUCUUUUAGAAAGUCGCCAUCUCCUAAAGCUCUGACCAACAUUCAGAGAGCUCUGGAAAAGGGAGAUGCUAUGAAGAAACUCAAAUCAGGCUCUUUUUCCUCUACAAAACUGAAAAGGGGAUAUGCAACUUCCCCUACUAGUUCUUCAUUUAGUAGAUACCGCUGGAAGGCUGGUUGUCCCAGGUAUUCUGUAGCAGGGACAGCAGGGGAAGCAGUGGCCCUCCCUGAAUCUACCUUUGUUUGGACAGCAGAAAAAAAUAAAGGAGAAAGAAAGGGGCUUGUUUUUUCUACCUUACCCUCCAUCCAAUCAUCCCCGAAUUCAUUCAAGCUUCGCAGCAGGAUGAAAAUCAUUAGGAAGUCAACUAAUAGUCCAAACGGAAGCAGGUCAGUGAAGGGAGUCCUACCCGCAAAACACUCUCCAAGGAGCCACAUACACAGCCUGACGAGGACUCCUACAGGAGCUCGAAGGACUCACACCAGGGAGCUUGUUUCUUUUGGGAAACACAAGUUGAGACGACUUUCUCCUACUUCAUCGAGAACAAGUCCAGCCUUUUCCUUUCACUGUACUCCUGCCUCGCAGAGGAUUUUUAGACCACAGUACAAGAUGGUUAGCCACCCAGGCUCCAGUGUUGCAUACACUCUUCCCUACCAUCCAACCCUCUCCUGGAGAGCCAAGAAAAUCCAGUCAGCUAGGAGUUUCCUCCAGAGUCGUCAGAGAUCAUCUCUCAACAGAUACCCAACAACCACUCACCACUGGAAAGAAUCUGGCAUGUGUUGGAUUCGGGGUAAUCUAUACCAAGUCUCAGCCAAUAAACUGUCCCGCACAGUCUGUCACAACAUGUCAAUCAACCAAACAGGAAGAGGUUCCAGUUUUAACCAAGUCUCUGCUGUCAAUUCUGCUACCAAUCGCCCCUAUAGCCCUCGUCAUUUUGCCAGCCGUGCAGUCCAGCGCAGUCUUGCCAUAAUCAGACAAGCUCGUCAAAAGAAGCAGAGGCAGUACUGCAUGUACUACAACCGGUUUGGCAAAUGCAAUCGUGGCAGCAGCUGUCCUUACAUUCAUGACCCAGACAAAGUUGCUGUUUGCACGAGAUUUCUACGUGGUACAUGCAAACAACCUGAUGGGGCCUGUCCAUUUUCCCAUAAGGUUGCCAAGGAGAAGAUGCCAGUUUGCUCAUACUUUCUGAAGGGAAUCUGCAACAACAGCAACUGUCCUUACAGUCAUGUCUAUGUUUCCCGUAAGGCAAAAGUGUGUGAAGACUUUAUCAAAGGCUUUUGCCCCGAAGGAGAAAAGUGUAAGAAGAAACACACUUUAGUGUGUCCAGACUUCUCCAAGACCGGUUCCUGUCCUCUUGGAACUCGCUGUAAGUUGCAGCACCAUCAACGUGCCAAACGGUGUACAUCCACCUAUGUGAGGGUCCGUAACGAUGAGCCCUCCAAGAGGCCCUGUCUGUCUGUGGUCAUUCCACAAGGCUCUCAGGAAACUCUGGGUACACCUUCCACAAGUUCGCUUCCAUCAUUUAUCUCACUCUCAAGUUCUCCAGAGGAGGCAGAUGUGCCAGACCCACGACAAGCCAAGACCACACCAGUUAAAGAGAAAAACCUGCAGAUAAAACCUCGGUUAUAGCGCCACAAAGACAAGCAGAUCAUCUCUGGUGGAGAAUAAAAUGUUUUCAUGGCUUAGUUUUACAUGAAAGAUGACACUGAUACAGAUGAAAAUGUGUAUCCUCUACAUUUAUCUACAUAUUUUACUUACUAUUUAAAAGAUGCAGUUUGACCCCACAGGUUUUGAAGAUGAUUGAGUAUUAAAAGAACAAAUCUUACAAAGUUUUCCAGUCUUUUUGAUGAGUGCUGUGUGUGAUUUUAA